GACUAUUUCUUUGAUCGUGAUCCAACAGCAUUUGCAGCAGUUCUAAAUUAUUUACGAUCAGGGGAACUGCAUAUACCUACCAAUAUGUGUGGACCGUCUUUACAAAAUGAGUUGCUGUUUUGGGGAAUUGAUGAACUGGAUAUUGAAAGGUGUUGUUGGACUAAUUAUAAUACGUGGAAAACUCAGUGUCGUUCUCUAGAAAAAUUGGAAUAUGACAGAAAAUUGUCCACAACUCAACAUAUUGUUUUAAAUAAACAUAAUUCAACUUGUUGGCAGCGAUAUCGUAGUAGAAUAUGGACAUUCUUACAGGAUCCUACAUCAUCAGUGAAGGCUAAGAUUUAUGCCUGGGUAUCAAUCAUCUUUGUCCUGAUGUCCAUCUUCUCUUUUUGUGCCGAAACUCAUCCUCUGUUCCGUGUGGCACCGGAAGACAUCGAAAGGGAUUAUAUCAUGACAGAUGAGGAAAAAGAUAAGAAAACACUGCCUCAUCCAAGUUUGGUCGUAAUUGAUCUUUCUUGCCUAAUGUUCUUUAGUUUAGAAUUCAUAUCAAGAUUUGUGUGCUCUCCUAGUAAGAUCAAAUUUAUGAGAUCAUUGCAAAAUAUUAUAGACAUGGUCGCCAUUAUUCCAGAUUAUAUUGAAAUGGUCUUCCUAAUGUUCGACCCUAUUGGUCGUAAAGGUAUGGUCAUUAUGGACUUUAUGAUCAUAUUGCGCAUGCUCAGGUUGUGUCGUAUUUUCCGAUUAAUCCGCCAUGUGCCUGGACUGUGGAUUAUGUUGUAUACCUUGAAAGCUAGUUUUAAUGAACUUAUGUUAAUGUUUGUGUUUUUAUUAAUCGGUAUGGUUGUGUUUGCUUCGUUAAUGCAUUUCGCAGAAGGAAAUGAAGGCUAUGAUAACAUUCCAAUAGGAUUUUGGUGGAGUAUCGUCACCAUGACAACAGUGGGAUAUGGCGAUAUGUAUCCACAAACUGGAUUUGGAUACAUCAUUGGAUCAUUAUGUGCAAUUGCUGGUUUGCUAACCAUAGCAUUUACUGUGCCCAUUAUUGUGAGCAAUUUUGUGCUAUACUAUACC